GAAAAUAUAUUUUUUAUUACAGGUAACAUAGCUCGUAACUGUCACUGCACGGUUGUCAUGCGAUAUUAUUUUGGAAAAUUCGUGGUGUUUUCACAAAUUCUCUACAAUUAUGCGACUUCCUAAUUACUUCAAACCGUGAUCCGAUUCGCAUGUCUCGGUUACGUUCAGUCUAAUUCAUCGUUUUCGUGCAAUUUGCUGUGUUCCAGUAACAACAGCUACGAUGGAUAACGGUGCGAUACAAACACUGGAGACUGCAGCCCAGAUGUUGAUGGCCCCACCAACCCUGGUGACAUCAGAGCAGCGGCAUCAAGCAGAAAGCGUGUUCCUAGAGUUCAGGAGUACCAAAAACCCUUACCAACUCUGCAGGGAGAUUCUAGAAAAAUCCAGAACUGACUAUGUCCUGUUUGAAGCAGCCGGGCUGCUAAAGACAGCGCUUAUCAGAGAAUGGACAUUGUUGUCAGAAAGUGAUAUUUCUUCUCUCAGAGAAUAUUUGCUGAAUUACUUGCUGAGACAAGAUACUCCGCCGUUUCUGAGAGAAAAAUUAUUGCAGACAAUAGCAAUAAUCAUCAAAAGAGGCAGCAUAGACGAUGGCGGAAGAGAGAGAAAGGCUUUACUCACGGAGUUAGAGAAAAUAAUUCUAAGCUCACCCAUAAGUCAACAGAAGCUCGCCUGCUCUCUCAUCCUCGCUAUCAUGCAAGAAUACGCCAUCACGGUCAAAUCAGCCGACGUAGGCUUGAUAUGGGAAGUGCACUUUAGACUUAAGAAAUCCUUCGAAGCGUUAGACUUAAAAAGAAUAUUCAGAUUCACAGUCAGCGUUCUAGAACAGAUAGUUCGCUCCGGACAUAGGCCUGAAGGAGAGCAAGCGUUAUUGACUAAGCAAUUGCUAACUAUAGUCGAAACAGUCUUAUGCUGGGGGCAAGUGUCUCCGCUACUACCAAAGCGAUUAAUCGGAGCAUUCGAAGCUAUAUACGAAAGCGAUGCAGCACCGGCUCUAAGACUAAGUUUAAAUUGGAGAGACACAAUAUUACAGCCAGAGCUUAUCGCUCUAUUCUUCGAGAUACAUAUGUAUGUGCGAACGAAUCCUGAUUUAGCUAGUCCGUCUCUAACUUGUCUAGUUCAGCUGGCUAGUUUGAGCGGUGUAGUGGUGUCCGCUAGUAAUCUAAAACAGCAGUAUUUGGAGAACUAUGUGAAUAGUUUCUUGAAUAUGAUGGCUAAUAUUCAGCCGAUGGAGCGAGAGAUGCUGGGUAUAUCGGAUAUAUAUAGGCGUCUCAUUCAGUUCUUCGCGCCGAGCAUGAUCGCGAAUACGCCGCCGACUUUGCUGCAGAAUUUAACGACGCUCACUUGUCAUUGUAUUAGAGGAGCCGUGGUGGAAGAAGGGGUAAAUGAUGACUCUGUGUGGCGAGAAUCCUUGAACAAAUUCCUGCACACUUGGAGUUCCAUCGUCCACGACACGGACGGAUACUCGGCGGAGACCCUCACCAACCCGUGUAUAGAGAUAUUUAACACAUAUCUACAAUGCCGGUUGGCACCUCCGGACGGGACCAGAGGCGUGGAAAGCAGCGACGGUUGUGCCGACGACAUUAAAGACGACGUGGAAGAAGAUGAGAGAAAACAACACAGCGACGUACUGUUAACUAUUGGUGCCAUCGCCAGGAAGGCUCCAGCUCAUUGCUGUCAUGUGCUCUUCACAAUACUACAUGAGCGUAGCAAGAGAUUGGAGGAGCACCUGCAGCUAAUGCAUAUGGGCAAACUGCCUGUGAGCGGCGGCGAACAACUGAUCAGUCUGUUCGAGGAUCUACACUGGACUCUCAUGAUUGCAGGACAUUUCCUCGCGAUCGAUUGCACCGAGGGUGAGACGGUGAUGAUGCCGAACGAGAUAGUGCAGUUCAGUCUCCGAGAAAACGCCAAUGUGGACGCUUCCCUGCGAUAUCUAGUGGGGGAGAGCGCUAGCACUGAAAACGUCGAUCCCGUGCUUAAGCUGAUAGGCGAAAUACUCCGCAUCAGUGCUUACGAAUGCGCCGCCCUAGAGGCGGGGCUCGCGGGGGUGUUCUCCCCUGAACUCUCCGCUACAGUGUCGUGGCUGCUCAAGAUAUGGGCCAACUCGUAUCUCAUGCCGCAGCCCUCUUUAUACUCCGAGAUGGCACCCAUCCUAGAGAUGGCGUUCGGUCGGUCGUCGCGCGGCGCCGUGUGGACGGUGCGGCGCCUGUGCGCGCGCGCCGGCGCCUGCCUGCGCCACCUGGCGGCGCAGCCCGCCGCCGCCACCGCCGCCGCUCAGCUGCUCACUACACUGGCGUUGCAUCAUCACAAGCAAAAUCCACUAGCGAGUUGCGAAGAGUUCUUAGCCCUCGUGGCGUGGGAAGCGGCCGGCAGUAACUUACCAGGCGAAUUGAGGAAAGAAUUGCAUAGAGCUUUUGCAAUCGCCGCAACGUAUGCCGAAGGCGAAGUUAGAAGUCGCCUCCUCGCCAGCACAGUGGCGUUACAAGAGAAGCUGAUGAACAUAAUAAACAUGGAGUCGGAUACGGAACCCGUACGGAAUAUGCUAGCUGACACGCUUGACUGCUUUAUUGGCGUCACUGAGGGCGUGUUUGAGGUGGGAACCAUGGACGAGCAGUUCAUGAUGCUGAUCGGCGCGCUAGACAAGAUACCCGGUAUAGUGUACCGGUACCACAACUACCCGGGGGUAGUGCUACCUGCUCUCAGACUCCUCGCCAAGAGCGCCAAGCGGAUGCUGCACUCCGUACAGCCGCAGAACGUUAGCAAAUUCCUGGAAGUGUGCAAUACAACAUUCGACGUGUACAUGCGGUGGAACUCUGGCAAGAUAUCCGGCAUUCCACAGGACGCCGAAGAGGAGGCAUAUGAAGAUAUCUGCGCCCUAAUGGAGGUGGUGUGCUCCAUCGCCCGCUGCGGCGCCGAGCGCGCCGUCGGCGACACGUGUGCGAGGGGCCUUAGAUUAUUGCUGCCCCUUAUCACGCCUUCCCUGCUGGCGCUACCUACAUUAGCGCACCAGGCGUAUCGCACCCUUCGCGAACUACACACAGCAGAGCAGCUAACAAUCCUACCAAUAGAUGAUUUCAACAUGGUAGUCGCCGCGCUACGCGUCGGCCUGACCGCCGUGUCCUGCGACGUGUCCACUCUCUGCUGCGACACCAUCGUCGGCCUCUCAAACAAGGCCCGCACUUUAGGCGACGACAACCCAUACUCUCUAUCCCUUCUAACUUUAGCAGAGUUACUCCUAAUGCUGAUUAUCAAGAUGGAAAUACCACCAGAUUCGAUCCCAGCGGCUGGCGCAGCCAUAUACGCAUUAACAUGCGUCAAACCAGCGCUCUUAGAAGGCCUCGCGCGCCAACUUAUAGAGGCCUACGCUGUCAACGAUCCAGCAAAUGUACCUAGACUAGAAGAGGCCUUUGGGGUCCUCACAAAUGGCGUGCUCUUCGAUGGUUCGAGACCCCAUAAGUUGCGUUUUCAGGAUAACUUCGAUAAGUUCCUUGCGAGUGUGCAUGGGUUUUUGAUUGUAAAAUAAAUGUGCGGGGUUGUAAUUUGGAAGUCGACAUUUUUUUGAUGCUCUAGGUGCGUUUGAUGUUUUUUUAGCUAAUAUAACAUUUGAAAUAUAUUGUUUAAGUAUAUUUAAUCGAAGUUUGAAUUCGAAUGUUUCUUUAUAGAACCAUCAGUAGGCUAAGCACAGGGGCGCCG